CCCCGGGCUCGGGGGGCGCGGGGCUGGCUCUGCCGCGGGCUCCCGGCCCUUCCCGGCGGUCCCGCAGCCAGGGCCGUGGGUUCCCGGCGUUCCGUCGGCGGGACCUGGUCCCGAGCGGCGCCGGGCUCUUCCGGCUGACCGGGGAGCAACCGGGGAAGCCCAAAUCACUGUGCGCCCUCCCAGCCCCGGCGCCUUCUCCCUCUGGCCCCGAGUCAGCCGGCUGUGGGCGGACAUCCCCGGCACCGGGGCUCCCGAGCCUCUGACUCACGCUCUGCCAGGCGGCUGCUGUGCUUUCGGGGUGUCCCGUCGUGUCGUCACUCCGUUGCAGAAACGACAGAGGACCGUGGAGGAUUUCAACCAGUUCUGCACCUUCGUUUUGGCCUACGCAGGCUACAUCCCCUACCCUGAAGAGAAUGAUCCCUGGACUCACGGAGGCAGCAUGAGUCCCCAGAACAGCACGGGGAGCACUCAGGACAGCGAUAGCUGGGCCUCAUCCCACUCCUCCGACUGUCAUGUCCUGACGGAUGACGGGAGGAGCGGGAAUGCCGUGGCCAGGGGGGCUGUGGACAACAGCCUGCUCGUGAGCUGCCCUGCCUUCCCCACCGGCUUCUACGAUGUCCGGCCCCAACAAACCAAACGGAAGAAACCACCAGCAAAGAAACUCAUUUUGGAGCAGGAGGUGGAGAAGAGGGUGCCACUGAGCGCUGGGAAGGGCUUUGGGGCAGAGCAGGACAGGGUGAAGGAGCUGGCUGCGCUGGAGGGACAGCUGCCUCCUGUGAAAGAGCAACUCUUGGAGCCUUCCCUCAACCCAGCUGGGGACCCUCAGCCCAACUCCCUCCUGGAGGAGCUGAUGAAGGAGGAGAAGGACUGGAUGCAUGGAGCGCAGGGGACCGAGAAGCCAGCAGGAGAUGAUCCUCAGCUAAAGGAGCAUGACCCCUGCUCUGGAGGGAGGAAAAGCCCCAGUUCUUGCAGUACCUUGGACCAAAGUGAAGGGGAAGAUGCGAGCAGAGGGAGCUCCCAGCUUAGCGCAGUCGAGUUUGCGGCAGCUCCCAACACCAAAGCAGAAGAUGACGAUGCCUGGGAUCUGAUCACCUGCUUCUGCCUGAAGCCCUUCGCAGGGAGGCCCAUGAUCGAAUGUAACGAAUGCGCUACCUGGAUCCACCUCUCCUGUGCCAAGAUCCGCAAAUCCAACGUGCCUGAGGUUUUCAUCUGCCAGCGAUGCCGCGAUGCCAAGCAGGAAAUUCGCCGCUCAAACCGAGCUCGGACGGUGCCCCGCAAGCGCUUCUGUGACUGAAGCUCCUCCAGAGCAGGGAGGCCGGGGGUCCCCUUUUUAAACCGAAGACUGUAGCCCGGUUUGGCUAGACAAUCAAUGCACAGUAAUGGCAGGGGAGGGGCUGGGCCGCAGGGCUGGACUGUCCCCCUUGCACUUCUGACUCUGGAAGCUGCCACGCGUGUCCUCCCUGGGGAUCGCGUUGGCCAUGGAGCUCGGUUACCCCGGGGGGGGGGGGGGGGGGGAGAGGAGGGUGGUCCAGCCUUGCACUAGGUCACUCGGAAACAUCUCUGUCCUCGCACGAAGCUGGCUCAGUGCCUUUCCCCCAGGGCAGCUGAGGAGAACCUAGUCCAAGUAGUUUUUCUGUGGUGUGGUGGAAGCUUACACUUAUCCCAAGAUGUGACUCCCCUUCCUCCUUUUUCCUCACUGUUUUCCUUUCCUUGCCUCAGACCUUCAGGUGGGCUGUGAUGGCAAAGCCCCAGUGAGCCAAGUUCUCCUGCAGCAAGUAGGUGCAGCCCAGCUGAGCUCCCUCCACAUAGUGUGCCGCCCUCCAGGGCGAGAGGGGAAGGGACAUAGGUCCUGCUGAUGCCUGAAGCAGACUGGGGCUCUGUGUCUUGAGGGUAUUAGUGGAGCCGUCCAUCUCUGGCUCAUCAGCCUUGUAGGCUGCACAGGGGAGGUCCUUCCCCUGGCCCAUGGUGCUCCUGGUUUUGUUUGCUGUGCCCUUGGCCCCAGGAUAGUCCUGUUGGGUCAGGAGCAGCAAAGGCAUCCUCUAGUAGAUGAUUACAAAGGCUGUUCUUGCCGAGCAGCCCUCCUUGAUUCACGUUCUCCAGUUGCACUGAGGUCUCCUCUGUGAAGGGGGGUGGGAUUCCUGGUAGGAGACUGAAGUAAGUUAUCCUCAGAGCUGGCUGUGGCAGGGCUCAGAGCCCUUCGGAAGGGGAGCAGGAGCGUGCUCUGGUUAGCUUUUCAUGUUUUCCACUUCCAGUUUAAAACAACUGAAGCUUGUACGCUGUGGCCAUCUCCUGCCUGCAGGGCUGUCUGGUGGAGCAUCUGCUUCAACACCAGCUGCUGAGACCUGAGCAUGGAUGGAGCCAGGAGCUGGGAGGCCCUUGCUUCCCAGGACUCCCUCCAUCACAGAAGUUGGUUUUUUUUCCUGGACAUGUAGAGUGAAAUCUAAUGACUUGUCAAGAGUGGGCCCUGAGCCCCUUCUGCUAUGCAACUGCUGCUCCAGAGACACGGGAUGUACCCUCUCCAGGCCCCUAGUUAAGUUUGGCAGUGGAAGGCUUUUCCCCCUCUGUGUCCCCUGUGCGCGGUGUGUGUGUGUGUGUGUGUGUGAUCUCCUGGGGCCCCACGUGCACUAACUGUUGGAUCCCACCUUCUCACAGCCCCUCCAAAGAGCCUGGCCCAUGUGCCUUCUGCACUUUCCCUGGGGGACGCAGACCCCGCUCCUGUCCUGGUGACACUCGGCUCGGCCCCCGGUGUGCUGCUGCCUGCAGUGGGGAGUGGGACAGCCCCCACUUGCCAGUCCCCAUCACUAUAUUUCUAACUGGGUUCUUUCCUACUUGCACAUCUGGUUACUGUGGGACCACAGCUGGGGGAGGGUGUGGGGCAGCCCCCUGUCACUCAGCAGCCCCCAGGCUCGUCCCUGUGCCUCUCUCCUCCUGUGGAAAGCCUGGGCCCCAAAAGUGCUUUAUGUUUUUAUAGUUACUUUGUAUUGAUAUGUAAAAUAGCAAAUUCUGGUCCUUGCCCUGUGGAGUGUGGCUGGAGUCUUAUGUAUAUAAUAAAGUACUUUUGCCAUAA